AUGGCUCCCUGGCUGCAGCUCUGCUCCUUCUUCUUCACCGUCAACGCCUGCCUGAACGGCUCCAGACUGGCCGGGGCCGCGGGGCCGAACCGCCGAGGGCCGUCCGGGGACACCUGCGCCUGGAGGGGAGUGGUGCCAGUCAGCAGGAACAGUGGACUGCCCAAUGUCACCUUUAAAUAUGACAACUGUACGACGUACUCGAAUCCAGUGGGGAAACACGUCAUCGCUGACGUGCAGAACAUCACCGUCAGCCAGUACGCCUGCUACGACCAAGUGGCCAUCACCGUGCUGUGGACCGCAGGUGCCCUGGGCAUCGAGUUCCUAAAAGGAUUUCGGGUGAUCCUGGAGGAGCUGAAGUCAGAGGGCCGGCAGUGCCACCAGAUGCUAUUGAAGGACCCCAAACAGCUCAACAGCAGCUUUAAAAGAACCGGCAUGGAAUCUCAGCCUUUUCUGAACAUGAAGUUUGAAACGGACUACUUUGUCAAGAUCGUCCCCUUUCCUUCCAUUAAAAAUGAAAGCAACUACCAUCCCUUCUUCUUCCGGACCCGACCGUGUGAAUUGCUGCUCCAGCCGGACAACCUGGCCUGUAAGCCUUUCUGGAAGCCCAGGAGCCUCAACAUCACCCAGCAGGGCCCCAACAUGCAGGUGUCCUUCGACCACGCGCCCCACAGCUUUGGCUUUCGCUUCUACUAUCUUCACUACAAGCUCAAGCACGAAGGUCCCUUUAAGCGAAAGAUGUGCAGGCAGGAACAAAAUUCAGAGAUAACCAGCUGCACCCUUCAGAAUGUGUCUCCAGGAGAUUAUAUAAUUGAGCUCUUGGAUGACACGAAUACGACCAGAAAAAUGAUUCAUUAUGCCUUAAAGCCAGUGCAUUCUCCCUGGGCCGGACCCAUCCGGGCCAUCGCCAUCACGGUCCCAUUGGUCGUCAUCUCCGCCUUUGCAACGCUCUUCACAGUGAUGUGUCGCAAGAAGCAGCAAGGUAGCCCCAGUUCCGAGCUCCCCUUCAGGGAGGGCCGAGGCAUGGAGCAGGGGGGAGGUCCCUGA